AUGAUAUGUGUCGACUCGAUUGAGUCCGUAUUGGCGGCCAAUAAUUCGGGCGUUCAUCGCAUUGAACUCUGCAGUGCUCUUGAGAUCGGCGGUUUAACUCCUAGUAUUGGUUUAGUAAAGCAAACACAAGAGUUAUGUCCAACACUUCCCAUCUAUGCUAUGAUUCGUCCCCGAAGUGGAGAUUUCUGUUACUCCGACAAUGAGAUACUUAUUAUGCAACAAACACAAGAGUUAUGUCCAACACUUCCCAUCUAUGCUAUGAUUCGUCCCCGAAGUGGAGAUUUCUGUUACUCCGACAAUGAGAUACUUAUUAUGCAGAAAGAUAUUCAACUCAUGAAAUCCAAUGGCGUUAAUGGCUUUGUAUUCGGAGUUCUGAAAACAGAUGGAACUAUUGAUACGAAGAGUUGCAAACUUUUAAUUGAGACCGCAUCACCGAUUGAAUGCACUUUCCAUAGAGUGAGCAUAAGACUGCUCGCCAGUCAGCUUAUGUCGCCGCCAAAACUGGUUGAAUGGGCGAAGAAUAGGAUCACUAUAAUGGCCGGCGCGGGUCUUAAUGAAGAUAACAUGGAAUCCAUUAUAAUUAAGAGUAAAGUAACAGAAGUUCACUCUUCGGCGAGUCAUGUGAAGAGAUCGCAAAUGUCUUUCCAUAAUAAGUCUGUAUCGAUGGGCGCGAAGACUGACGAUGAAUACAAUCUUAAAGUGGUUUCAGAAGAAAAGAUCACCCAAACCGGCCUCAAUGGUGUCGCCGGGACUGACGGGACCGACACCUUCUGGAGUUCCCGUCAGAAUCAGGUCUCCGGUCUCGAGAGUGAAUUCGGGUCACCGAUCGCUUCCUUCGGGAUGAAAGAGCCGACCGGACACGACGUGUCGAACCCUUUGGCCAAAGACCAUGGAUUGCCCUCUUUCUUAGCCAAUGACUGCCAGUCGCGUGCAGUCAUGUCCAAAGUGACCGCAUAA